AUGUGGGACCGGCUGCGGGGCAGUCGGGCGGCGGGCGGCGGCCGGAGCGCGGCUGCGAUGGCGCAGCGGGACGAGAAGGAGCCGGGGGCGGGCGAGGGAGAAGCGGGGAGCGGGAGCGGGGCUGGGGCCGAGCGAGGACCGAGCGGGGCCGCCGCGCCCUUCCAGCCCCCCGAAGGCGGCUUCGGCUGGGUCGUGGUCUUCGCUGCCGCUUGGUGCAAUGGCUCCAUCUUCGGCAUCCACAAUUCCUUCGGGAUCCUCUACAUGAUGCUGCAGAGCGACCUGGGCGAGGAGAAGAAGGACCCCGCGCUGGAGUUUAAAACAGCAUGGGUUGGCUCCUUGGCCAUGGGCAUGAUAUUUUUCUGCUCUCCCAUCGCCAGCAUCUUCACCGACAGGAUGGGCUGCAGGAUCACGGCAGCCAUGGGAGCUGCCAUCGCCUUCAUUGGACUCCUCUCCAGCUCCUUCACCAAAUCUCUGGAAGUUCGUUAUUUCACAUACGGGAUCCUCUUUGGCUGUGGCAGCUCCUUUGCCUUCCAGCCCUCCUUGGUCAUCCUCGGUCACUACUUCAAGCGUCGCCUUGGCUUGGCCAACGGCAUCGUGGCUGGAGGCAGCUGCCUUCUCUCCGUGCCACUCCCCUUCUUCCUGAAGAUGGUUGGGAAGGCCAUUGGGCUGGCGCACACUUUCCAAGUACUCAGUGCCUUAAUGCUCAUCCAGAUCUUCUUGUCCCUGACCUAUCGGCCCAUCCUGCCACCUUCUUGUGACUCUCAGCACGACGGGCAGGACAAGCUGGGCAGCCGGAGCGCGCGGCAGCAGUGCUGGUCCCAGACGCGCAAAUACUUCAACUUGAGGGUUUUCCGGAAAAAGACCUAUCGGAUCUGGGCCUUUGGGAUCGCCACAGCUGUCCUGGGAUAUCUCGUACCUUACAUGAACCUGGUAAAAUACGUGGAGAAGAGAUUCCAAGAAACCCAAAAGGACUGGAUCCUCCUGGUUUGCCUCGGAGCAAUGGCUGGGAUGGGGCGCUUGGUUUCAGGCCGCAUUGGUGACUGCAUCCCCGGGCUGAAGAAGAUUUACCUGCAGGUUGCCUCCUUCAUGCUGUUGGGCACCCUGUGCAUGAUGGUCCCCCAGUGCCAAGGGUUCGAGGGUGUCAUUGUCAUCUGCCUCUUCCUCGGCCUUUGCGAUGGCCUCUUCACCACCAUCAUGGCCCCCAUUGCCUUCGAGCUGGUGGGGCCCAUGCAGGCAUCCCAGGCCAUAGGGUACCUCAUGGGGCUGAUGGCCGUGCCCAUGACCGCGGGCACACCAAUAGCAGGAUACCUCAAUGAUUAUUUUGGGAAUUACGAUGCGGCCUUUUAUUUUGCCGGAGUCCCGCCCAUCAUCGGCGGCUUGGUGCUCUCCUGUGUCCCCCUCAUCCACCAGAGGAUGCUGAAAAAGCAACGUCUGGAUCCUGGCAAAGACAAGAUGCUGGUUUCAGAGGCAGUGGUGAACGGGGAGCUGCUGCCGGGUGUCCCAGCCUCCGAAGCCCACAUGUAACCGCUCCCUGCCCAGCCCUCGCCGUUGCCACCAGCAGCCUCUCGGUUGCCCAAGCACAGGCCCUUUUCUAGCUGGACCAUAAUUCUUGGUGAUCACUGAUGCACUCUGUUUGUAAAGGAAAAAAAAACAAAAAAACAACCAACCAACAAACACAACAAGUUCUUCUAGUUAAAGGCUUUUAACUAGCAGAAAUGCUCCUGUUUUUGGGACAAUCUUUAUUUCAAAGCCGCCUCUUCUUUUUUUUUUCCCUCUAACCAAUUUUCUAAGGAGAAGUCCCACUAGGAUUCAAACUGGAUCCAUCUCCCUCUCCCCUCCCCAGUUUUCUAUGUGUCACAACAGGUUUACAGCUAACAAAUGCCUUUUUACAGCAGGCCACAGAUGGAGCUUGUUGGACCUUGCAGCUGUCCAUCCUUCUCCUCCGGUGUCACUUGGGUGUCACGUCCAAGCACGACAGGCCCCUCCCUGUCCAGCACCAGAGGCUGGUUUGGAGCCAGAAGGAGGAAUUGCUGCUUUGGGCCAAUGCACAAACCAAAUUAAUGGUCGGCAAGUCUCACUGUCAUCUUGUCCUCCUGCUUUUCCUCUGCUCUCCCACGCACCCAGGGAGCUGAAGCUGGGAUGAUGGGGAGCUCAGCCAGCUCUGCUCCUGCCAUCCCCAUCAAAUGGAGCUGCGUGGGAGCAGCCCCUUCCUCCAAAAUAUGCCUUAAAAAAUGCAUGGACAAGGGCAGCAGGUCCCUCAGCCACUUUCUGCCUCCAUUUUCUUGCCCAGUGACUAAUAAUUGGGCUUUUGAGGUGCAAAAGAAAGAGGCAGCUCCCAGCGGCUGGUUCACAGGCAAGCCACCAAGACAGGAUUUUUGGAGACAAUGAGGUCUUACAGGGUCAGUACAGCAGGUCAUGGAUCCAUACACAUAUUGUGGAUCCCACUUCAUGCUGGGAGGUGGCUUCCCUGUGCCCGGGGAUGCUGGGAUACAGCCAGCUCAGGGCACAAGGUGCCAGUGCUGUUUUUUGGGGGCUGGUUGAUUAUUAUGCAGCAAUAACCACGAAUCAGUAUUGAUGGGGGAGGGGAGAAGCCCGGGGGUUCCAAAGGGUUUAAAAGCCCCCGUAGUGUGGAAGUCAUCCUGGGUGUUGCCAUGCAGAGCUGGGGCAGGUUCUGAGCUGUUCUCAGCAGGAGAGGGCUCAAGGAAUUAGUGCAGCCUGUGGGUGCCAAGCACACAGAGUGAAGGCAGAGCUCAGCCUUGCCUAGAAAGUCAUCAGCUCAUCACCAACAAGCGUGGCAUGGAGCAAGGGAAGUCCUGUUCCAGUCCUUGUGCCAAUGGCUGGGCCAGGGUACCUUUUCCUGGAAAUUCCCAGGAGAGAGCAAGCAACAAAGCUCACCACGAUCCUGGCUGCAGGACUAUCCUACGCUGGAUUUUCAUUUCAUUCACCUGCCAUUAAAAAAAAAAAAAAAAGAGAAGCCUCAAGAAGAACAUGUGCCAUGGGAAUCAUCAUUCCAUGGGAAUCAUCCCACGGUGAGUGUGGGGGUUUGGAACACGGAGUCCAGUCUUUGCUGUGGAACCUGGGUUUCAGUGGAGGACCCUCCCGUGGGCAGCGGCGGGGGCUUUGUAUAUAGGCUGAGGAUCCUGCAUGUCCCUCCCACCCUGUUUUUAAUCCAUGUUGGCUGGUGCAUUGUAAUGUCUUGUAGAUUUGUGGCCCUCCUGUCCCCCUACGAGCUGGAAAAUUACCUGGUGUGUUGUGAUGAGUCUGUUGAUGACUAUAAAUCAAGAUGUCUGUCUCUUUUCUUCAA